CAUGUGGCACAGGGAGUAUUUUCCCUUGGUGACUGAAGCAAUGGGAGCUGUUCGGGUCUUGUUUAUUUAUGUGCUGACUGUUUGGCUUGCCAAAGGCUCUUGUUUGCCAGUUGGUGGUGCAAAUGAAAGACAUGAUAAUGGGCUGCAGAGGAGAAUGCGAGAUUUGUCUCCCAAUGAGAUCUCCAUAAAGAAGGCCCUUGUCCUAGUCCAGUCAAUGGAAUCCAUGUUGCAGCAAGAUGCUAAAGAAGUACAACUGGAAAGCAAUGAAGUGGAAGCUAAGGCAUCAAUUGGCCACAAGAAAUUUGUACAAUUCCUGAACAGCCCAAAAGACAUCAAAACUGAGAAGGAUGACAAUCUACACAGCGACAACGUGACUGCAGCAGCCGCCGACAACGUGACGGCCAGCGACAACGUGACUGCAGCCGCCGCCGACAACGUGACGGCCAGCGACAACGUGACUGCAGCCGCCGCCGACAACGUGACGGCCAGCGACAACGUGACGGCAGCCGCCGCCGACAACGUGACGGCCAGCGACAACGUGACGGCAGCGCGCCGCCGACAGCGUGACGGCCAGCGACAACGCGUGACUGCAGCCGCCGCCGACAAGCGUGACGGCCAGCGACAACGUGACUGCAGCCGCCGCCCGACAACGCGUGACGGCCAGCGACAACGUGACUGCAGCCGCCGCCGACGCGUGACGGCCAGCGACAACGCGUGA